GAUUCGUUAAAUAAAAUCUGGUCACACAGCCUAUUAGUGACAUGAUGUAUAUGGAGCAAACUGCGGGCCUGGGUUUUGUUUAUUAUAAGUUAAUAAGAUAGAAAACUUUAUAUAUAUAUAAUUUUAAAUGUUUGUAGCUAAGAGAUAAAUAAAUUUUAAGUACAUCAUGGGGCGACGAUCAAUUAAUACCACCAAGAGUGGUAAAUACAUGAACCCUACGGAUCAAGCACGUAAGGAGGCCCGAAAAAAGGAAUUGAAGAAAAAUAAGAGGCAAAGACAGAUGGUUCGAGCGGCAGUGCUUAAAAUGAAAGAUCCUACACAAAUCCUAGAAGAACUACAAAAAAUCGACGAAAUGGAGUACAAUGUAUUACAACCAUCGCCACUCAAUGAAAAAGUUUUAAAGGAAAAAAGAAAAAAGUUAAGAGAGACGUUUGAUAGAGUUUUGAAGAUGUAUGAUAAGGAUGAUCCAGAAAAGUGGGUGGAACUAAAGCGUCAAGAAAUGGAAUAUGAUAAACGACGCGCACAUUUAAUAUCUUACUAUGAAUCCGUUAAACAUGCCCAAUCUGUUCAAAUAGAUGACAUUCCUCUGCCUACUUUACAAGUUCCCGACAAUCUGAUUUAUGGCAAUGUUCCAUCACAAAUACCACUGCCAAUGGAUACUGUGCAUCCUAAUUUGCCAGUUAGACCAAUCUUAAAAAAAGAUUCUGUUUAUAGAGAAAGACCGUUAGGUGUAGAGCCACCAGGUGUACCUCCUGGUCCACCUCCAGACUUUAGUACAUUAAUUUCGGAAUAUAUGAAAAUGAAUAUUAAGCACAAGGAAGGAAAGAAAACUCUUCGCUUUUCUGAUGUUCCCGAUGAAGGACCACCUGGAGAUUAUCCAAUGCAAAAGAAACAAACGAUAGAAGAUUUUGACGGAGAAGCUAUGGAGGAUGAUCACCCAUCAUCACCAACGUCUGUCCCAGCGAAUCCAGCACCGAAACCAACGUCACUACAACAACGAAUGUUGGCUCUCUCUGGGCAGAAUAUUGAUGAUUUUAUGAAGGAAAUGGAGGAAGUACAUAAAAAGAGGGAACGAGACAGAGCCGCUGAUUUGAAUGCAAGACUGAGUGCUCUCAAGCGUACCACAGGAAGAGAGAGUGAUUCGGAUAGCGACACAGAAUCACAAGCUCCUCAUCUACUUCAUGAAUUCACCCUGGAGCCGCCCGGUGCUGAAAUGAGACAGAUGCCUCCACCGUUGUUACCACCAGGUCUUCGCCCCCCUAUGCUGCGCCCGCCAGGUGCUCCGCCCGGAGCCCCGCCCGGUGUCCCCCCCGGUGUUCCCCCCGGAGGGCUCCCAGGGCCUGCUCCAGGGCCCCUUCCUCAUGGAUUGACAAACGUACCCGGUAUGCCAACUGGGGCUCCGCCGGGUCCCCCGCCGGGCCUCCCGACGCGCGGAGUCCUGCGCCCCCCGGGCCCUCCCCCUGGGGCUCCGCCCCGCCUGUUCAGACCGCUGGUACCGCCGCCCCCGCCUCACGUCUCCGUGCUGACUGCUGCUCCUCAACUGAUAUCGAAGAAAGAUGCGGUUCAAGGAGCAACAAUAAGCGCGAAACCUCAGAUCAGAAAUUUAUCAGCGGACGUCACUCGUUUUGUACCGUCGGCGCUACGUGUAAAGCGAGAGGACAAAAGAGCAAAGCCCGACCUCAAGUCCGCCCUACCGCGACCUUCCGAACAACCGAAACAACCCAGCAAGGACGAUGCAUAUAUGCAGUUCAUGAAGGAAAUGGAGGGAUUGUUAUAGAGUUAAAUAAACUGAUUCACUUUAUAUUGGAAUUUUCAUUAAAAUAGUUUUGAAUAGC